UCUCUCUCUCUCUCUCUCUCUCUUUGUAUCCCCAUGGCUACUACACGUCUACGAGCGCUGAUGGAGGCUUCUCGCUCCACACAACAAUCGCCGGUUCAUUCUCAUCCUCACCCUCAAUCGCAGUCGCAGUCGCAGUCGCAGUCGCAACAACAAUCACACUCGCAAUCGCAAUCGCAGUCACAACCACAACCGCAACCACAAGCGCAACAGUCGCAGUCACAUCAAUCGCAGCCGCAACAGUCGCAGUCUCAGUCUCAAUCUCAAUCUCAAAUCAAGUCGGAUCGAGAAAUUCUCCCCAUCGUUUCAGCAAAGAAAUUAGCUUCCAAUGUACCCGACAUCAAACACCUCAUAGACCAGGCCGAAGGAGAUGAGUUGCAAGAUGGGGAGGAAUACGAAGAAGAAGAAGAGGACGAAGAGUAUGAAGAGGAAGAAGAUGACGAUGAUGAUUUUGAAAAGUGAGACAAGUCUCUAUGCAACCUAGAUCUGCCUCUCCCCUUCUCUCACCACUCUCUUCACUUUCCAUCUCGAAUCUAACAAAACUUCAUAGCUUCACCACCUCUGAAAUCGUCACCGUCUUUGUCGGCCACAAGCGCAAACGAUUCUUCCUUCAUCGCGAACUCAUCUGCCAGCGAUCACCCUUUAUGGAAAAAUGUCUGAAAAAGGACGCCUUUGAUGAAGGAUACAAGAACGAACUUUACCUCCCGGAAGACGACCCCAAAGCAUUUUCCAUCGUGGUCGACUGGAUUUAUCGGAACAAAUUGCCGGCACGAACAGAACCGGCGUUUGACCUUUGCGAUCUGUCGGCUUCGUACUGCAUGGCGGACAAAUUUGCCAUGGAAGAGUUGCAAAACAGCAUCAUGGACGUUGUCCGAGCGAGCUUCUCCCGACGUGAGGGUGAAGGGUUCAAAGCACCCAACUUUUCGGCUCUGGUGCUCACCCACCAAUUCGGCCCUCCCAAGUCCCCCCUGAAACGGUUUUAUGUCGAACACCUCGUGCACCAUAUGAUGAAACAACCGAAGUGGUAUCACGAAUUGAAGCGCAAUGAACCCAACCGGUCCGAUCUGGAGGAGAUUUAUAAGAUCCCGGAUCUGGUCUCGUACGUCUUCAAGAAGGUCUGGCAGUUUCAGGGAGAGCCGUGGAAGGACCCGGCCACCUGGGACAAGUGUUGUUACCAUGUUCACGCUACCACCGUGUGUCCGGCCAAAGUGGCCGCGGCGUCGUUGGCCCGGAACAAGGACGCCCUGGGCCAGAGUGUGAGAUUGGGAAGUGGAUUGCCCGGACUCGGUCAACCACAGAGAUCGUGGCCUCCUACUGCCAUGGGAGUGUGGAAUCCUGGUGUCGGUUGGUAGAAACGACUGACGACGAUGGUGGUGCCGUCGCUCUGGCCAUCUCUUUGCAUAUUUGCUGCCAGUUACCGACGCCGAGCAGCCGAGCUACUUGGGGUCUUUUUCCGACAAGUCGAUUUUUUUUGGGGAUUCUGAUUCUUUUGCCAUCUCAUGGCUUGCUUUGAAUUGAAGGAUGGGGCAUAUAUUGCAAGGCGUUGACGGGUGAUAGCUUUGUUUGUUUGACGACCUCGACUGACUUUUCUACUUUACGAUUAUGAUGAGCACAAAUUGAGAAUUGAUUUUGGAUUGACUUGACUUUGAGGGGAUUUUGAGACGUUUUUGACGAAAUCAGUUUUGAUGGCAUCCUUAUAGCUCGAGUUAUGAUUAGUAUCAUUAUCAUUAUCAUCAUUAUAUCUACAGAUUAUUCGUCAUUAU